CGCACACACGCUUUUGUCUAACGCGCGCAGCAGGCAGCGCGUGCUCUGCACUUUGACAGACCGAGUGUGUUGUGAUCUUUCCGUUCAUUCCGUUGACGAGAAAGUCACGCGAGUGUUAGUUUACAAUCAUUGCCAGCUGUCGUGACACCGCACCGUUGUUGUUGUCGAAUUGAAGUUAAGCAGUCUUUAACAGGUUAAUCAGACUGAACCCGAUUUCGUCGUAAGCGCCGACUUGUCCGACAGGCCGAGCUGUUAUUGACGGUGCGGCGCAAAAGUUGUUGUGAACAUUAACCAGGUGCUCGCUGGCGGCAGCAGCAAGUGGUGAAAAUGUCUUGAAAGUGACCGAGCUGCAUCCAGAUGCAAAUAAAAAGAGGUGAAACAAAAAGUGUUUUACUGACGGACGGCUGACGACGACGAAGGUGCGCAGAGGACGGUGCGCGCGCGGGGAAAACCAGGGCGACGUCCUGUCUAUCCAUCCAGUAAAUCGACAGCGUCGAGGGGAGGACUAUACUUUUCCACUGCCAACUGGCCGCCUGCAUUGGGAUAGGCACACACAACAUCGCUGGUUGGAACAGCAGGAAAACGCUCUAGCGAAAACAAAAUAUGGCUGCCGAACGUGACUACAUCGGUUUUGCUACCCUUGCCGAGCAAGUGCACCGGAAGUCGGUCAAGCGGGGCUUCGAAUUCACCCUAAUGGUGUGCGGCGAAAGUGGCCUUGGAAAGUCAACGCUCAUCAACAGUCUCUUCCUGACCGAUCUGUACCAGCACCGGACGGUGCCUCCGGCCGAGGAGCGGAUAGAGAAGACCACCAAGAUCGACAAGAAAACGCUCGACAUCGAGGAGAAAGGCGUCAAGCUAAGACUGACGAUCGUCGAUACGCCCGGCUUCGGCGAUUCGAUCAACUGCGAGGACAGCUGGCGCGUCUGCACGCAGUACAUCGACGAACAGUUCCGGCAGUACUUCACUGACGAAAGUGGCCUCAACCGGCGGAACAUUCAGGACAAUCGUGUUCAUUGUAUGCUGUACUUUCUACCACCGUGGGGUCAUGGCCUCCGGCAGAUGGACAUCGAUUUGAUGCGACGAUUGCACAAGAAAGUGAACAUUGUUGUGGUGAUCGGCAAAGCGGACACGCUCACAACGACCGAAGUGCAGCGAUUGAAAACCCGCAUUCUCGAGGACAUCGAAACCAACGGCAUCCAAAUCUACCAAUUCCCCGACUGUGAUUCCGACGAGGAUGAGGAGUUCAAGCAGCAGGAUCGGGAGCUGAAAGCUAGUAUACCGUUUGCGGUGGUCGGAAGUAACGUGGUGCUGGAGGUAGCCGGCAAGAAGAUCCGUGGUCGUCAGUACCCCUGGGGUGUGGUGGAUGCCGAAAAUCCACAGCACAGUGAUCUCAUUAAGCUUCGCACGAUGUUGAUUUCGACGCACAUGCAGGACUUGAAGGACACGACCCGCGACGUGCAUUAUGAGAACUUCCGAGCGCAGUGCAUAUCGCAAAUCUCGCAACACGCACUGCGCGAACGCAACAAGCUGAAGCGGGAAUCGAUCGCUUCCAGCAAUGAGGCUCCUACCACUUUUAACGAAACGGAUCGGUUACUGCAGCAGAAGGAAGAAGAGAUUCGAAGAAUGCAGGACAUGCUGGUACAGAUGCAGGAGAAGCUUAAGUCGACCCAGAUGAACGAUACCGUUAUUGAUGUUUGAACGAAAGGAACCAGGAAUGCAGCAGGCAGUCCCCAUAAAAUACAUUAGUAAAUCACGCGCAAUGUUUAGAUGGGAAUUUACGUUAUACAUUAAGACACCUCAUAAUCACCCAUAACUAGUAUAAACACCUUAAAGAAUCUUUUUUUUUUCUUGCUAAAACGCGUUCAGCAUUAAAAUUUUCCUAGGAACAAUCAACAUUUUAGUACAAGUACCGAACAAAAUCUCAUUGUUAAGGCAAUCUCCGCAAAAAAAACAAUGGUUUAAACCCAUUUCAGCUAAUCCCUAUAAAUAACGUAACUUGUGUAAUUUGAUGUCUAGGAGGUUAUAAAGCGAGUAAAUCGGAAUAGCCAACAAAACUGCUAUUUAUACACACACACGGUAGGUAAAAGUAACGCAACACAUUGCCGAAAAGACCAAAGAGCACACAUAAACCAAUUAAACACAAUAGAAAAGAACCACCAAAUUAAUCAGACAAUUGUGCAAUACAGUGAACCGAACCGCUAACCGCCACCAAUGAAUGAAAAAAAAUAUGAGUUAGAGAGGCUUUCGUUGAAACUACUAUUUUACCGAAACAAUUCUACCGUAAGAAGUUGUUUUAAAAAAUCACUUUAAUUGUUAUUUUUUGAACAUCACACUAUAUUUGUUACAUGAAAAAGAAAAAUAUGAGUGAAAAAACGAGAGAGAGAUCAGAAGCUAAUAUAUUUAUAAUUGUUUGCUUUGAAAGUGUUUAUUUCUGCAUCCCAUCUGCAUGUAUGCAUGCGUGCAUGCAAGCAGUGGGAUUUGUACAAGGAUUUAUUUAUUCAAACGAUGCAUCUGCGAUCGUCGUCUGAUUGAACUAUUUAUUUAUACAUACAUGUACGCUGUAGUAACUACCAACUUAAUAAUAUAAACUAAUUGAUCAUUGUACAUUCAGGUGGGGUUUCGUUUCCACGUUUACCGUACUUUGCGUACAUAUAAGUUAAAAGUCGAGUGGCGUCGUCAAGAAGGUAACUGCAGAACACAACCAACCAAUCGUAGGGCAACCAUUAAAGCAAGUAUUGAUAGAAAUUAGAUAUUUCAAUAAAAGAUAGAAAACAAAAUGAUUGUUAGAGACGUCCGAUGUGCAAUAUCACAGCGGUUUUUUCGUCUCGUCCUCAGGAAAACCAUUUAGAUUAAACUUCACGGUCGGAUGUUGAGGACGAUAGAUUGGGGACGGUAGCUGGUAAAUACCUGAUCAAUGUGUACGCAUCAACGAACGACAAACCCGAUGACGUAAAGGAGAAGUUCUAUGAGCUUCUUAAUGGAGAGGCCGGCUCUCAGUUCGACCACCUUCAUCAGCCAGGCCGGCACUUUUCGGAUAUCGGGGACAGUCAUUCCUUCCAGGGACCAAACGUCGAACAGGACCACUAUCUCAUAGCAAGCAAGAUCCGCGUCCACUUGUCGAACGAGUUAAAAUCGAGACCAACGAAUAAGAUUUGACUGAACAUUCGGCGGUUAUCAGCGCCAGCGGAAGGAAACCCCGUUGGAGUGAAACUCCUUUUAAGGCUCUUCUCCGACAGGCAUAAAAACGUCAAUCUUUUCAAAUUGAAUACAGUGGUGUGGCACUUUCCAGUGAGCGACGUGCUCUUUUAAGGAAGUGCUUAACUACUUAAUACUGCAGAGUUCUCUCGGAACCUGUGGAACUGUCGAAAAACAAUGGACUAGCAUCAAAAGCACCUUCGUCACAAGUGACGAAACCCUCGGCACAUCGCGCAGCGGGUGGAGCGAGUUGAUUUCGGAUGAAACUAGGAGGAGGAUGAUCGAUGAGCGGAGAGAGACGAAAGCCGGCGUUGAGCGAGUGCGAACCAGACCAGCUAAGACAGCUACCCGUCAACGAUAAGCUGAACUGGAGAGGGCUGUUGAACAAACUUGUAGACAGGACAAGAGUGUAUUGAAUACCUCCCUAGUUAAAGAAGGAAAAACUGCUGCCGUCAAUGAUGAUAUCCGUUCAUUGUUCCGUUUAUUAUUCGAUAUUUCUCACUUUCUAAGUAUUACCACCCAUGAUGAAUACUAAGAUGCCGGUAGACGGCUCUUCAGUAACGGUGUCAACGCCGGGUGGCCAGUUCGUAGAUUUCUGUUGCGACAGUCUUUCCUGGGUGUAGACCGGAGUCCUCCGAAACUUCACUUUCCUCUCUUAUGUCGAGCAAGGCCAGCCGUGACACCGGUCGAACCAGGGUUUUUGUUCGGAUCUUCACAAUGGCUCGCCGGCUACGACCUUCUGGAUGUAGGAUUGGAGACCUCUGUCAACAAAUUACAGUGAGAUAUUCGGUUAACCUGCGUUGCCAAAAUACCCCUAAUUGGCGUUGAAUGAGAUCCCAAGUUGUUCCGAGUAUCUUCCGACGGAUCAGUUCACUGGAUUGUUCUAGAGCUAACAUCUUUCCAUGUCAAGUUGAUUCAUCCCGUUUGUGCUCAGCAUCAAGACGUGGUUUGGUGUGAUCCCUUCUGCCUCUUCCGACUCGACUCGUCAGACUCGUCAGAGCCCUUAAAUUAGCAUAUAUUCAACCUCCAUGACCAGUGUUUGCAGUCCCUCAUCAUUUAGUUUCUCUUCGGCAUAUGUGUCACCCAUAGCCGUUUUGACUGAGUAUACCAAGCAUUCCCAAGUCCCGCCCAUGCGUGGUCCCCCUAACCUGCUGGUAAGGAUGCCCGUUAGAUAGCAAGGGAGCUCAAGAUUAUCAACAGUCUUUGUGUUGACUAAUUUAUGUCACUGGUUCUGUCCAGGUUCAGCAAUUUCCAUGGUAAUCUGCUGCGAACUUUUUCUUAUUCGUGACGUAUCACCAGUCUAUCGCAGCCACAAGGGACGUGGAGUUCUGCCUACACCAAGCGACGCAGCCACAUUGUUCUCUACCAACGCCAACGUCAAAACCGAUCCCUCAUCCAGGAAUGCGAAGGUAUUGGUCGAUUCGCGCUUUCCGUACAGCAUUACUGGAAUGAUCCGAAACAACGCAGAUGCAGUAGAGUUACGAUGGGUAAGGUUUUCGGCUAUUCGAAUCCGAUUACUGUGCAGGACCCCUAGUGGGGGAACAACGGGAAGCAGUGGGGCAACACACGUGUCAACAGAGACCGCGUGCUCAGCAGAAUAAAAAUCCUA